ACUAGUUUUUUUGCCAACUGUACGGUGUAUUGUCAAUUACAAAAUAAUGCAAUUUAUUUAUUGUUUACAUCUUUUUGACGAGAAAAAAACAUCAACACUGGAUUGUUAGUAAUGCGUACAUCUUACAAUAUAAAUUAAAUAUGUCGUGGCUUAAUCUAAAUCAAAGCCUGAGCAGUAUAAAAGGACAAAUCACGAAUUUUGCUACGGAAGUUCUAACUGAGGCUGUCGGACCCCUUAAUGAAGAAGAAGCUUCUCGAAAUGAUUCAAUAACUAAUGAUUUGCAAGAAAAAUGUGAAAAACAAGAGCUUGAGAUUGCAACAUUAAGGAAGCUGAACGAUGAACUUCAAACUUCCUUGCAAUCUGAGAGACUCUCAAGAAAAAAUGGAGUCAAAGAAGAAGAAUCCAACUGGUAUUGGGAUCCACCGCCUCAGACCUCGAAACCUUUUGACCAUGAAUUGGAAAAACAAUAUAAAUUACAAAUUCAAGCAUUACAAGACGAAAUAUCCUCCGUAAAAGAUCGGGUCGUCCAUGAUAGUAGAUCUGAUAACGACGAGGAACUGAACAGGCUUCGCGAAGAAAAUAAAAACCUCACGAAUAGCUUAGAAGACUUGGAUUGUCAACACCAAACAGCUAUGGAAAAACUUCUGUCCCUUAAAAAAGAGUUACAGAAAAAUUUUGAACUUCUAAAGCAAGAACAUGAAGAAAUGAAAUUUGCCAAUGUUCAGUAUUUGGAAGAUAACAAACGUUUACUUGUGCAAUUAAGCGAUAGAGAUAAAGAGAUAGAGAAUAUAAAAACUUCGCACACUGAUUAUGAAACGCUACAUCAUAAAUACCAAAAUUUAGAAAGAAUACACAGCUUACUAAGAGAGAAUGCAGAAAAGUUUCAAGAAGAAAACCAAGAGCUACAUGAAGAGGUGUUUAAGUUGCAAGAGCAAGUUACAAAAUUAGAACAUGAUAUUGAAGUCAUCUCGAAAGAAACGGAAAUGUCUGAAACGGUUCCUAAAAUAAAAUACGAAGAACUUCAGAAAAAGUUAUACGAAAUGCAAGAAAGGCGACCAACCAAUCAAGAUAAUUUAGACGAAAUAAACAUCGACGAUAACGCAAAAAGCGUCAUCGAAACCCUGAAACGUGACAUCACCGAUUUAAAACGUAAAUUGGCAGAACGUGAAAAUACUGAGGUAAUAGAUAAUAAAAUGAUUAAGCCCGAAAAAAUCAUGCAGCUUUAUAAUCGCUAUGUUAAUUUUGAUUUACCAGUUGACUAUGUUGGGGAGAUGCCAUCUGUAACAGACAAUAUAGUAUUGUUUAAAUUGGAAAGUGUAUUUAAAACUAUUAACGCGUUUAAAAAAGAAAUUGAAACGUUAGAACAAAAAAUAUCAGAGAAGAAGCUUAACAUUAGUCAAUUAAAGACGCAAAUGGAAGAUCUGACUGCGGAAAAUGAAUAUCUGACAUCAGAUAUCCAGCAUUUUGAAACUGAAUUAGAUGAAAUGAAGAAGAACAACGAUUUUCUCAUUUCCGAAAUAGCCGCCCUUAAAAAUACUUCCAAACUUGAACCAAUAAUAGAGACACACGAAGAUAAUUUGGUUAAGUUAGAAAGUGAAUUGGCUGAUUGUAAUCAAAUUAAUAAGACAUUUGAAUCAGAAAUAAUGAGAGUAGAAAAGGAAUUGUUUGAAGUAAAGUCAGAAAAAAUCAUUCUACAAGAAAGUUUAAAUGAUUUGCGGCAGAAAUAUACAUCAAUGAUAAAUGAAUUAGAAACUUGCAAAAAUGAUACGAAGGCAGUGGAAGAGCUUGAAAACAGUACUAACGUUACACAAAAUGCGAAACUCUUAAAAGCAUGUGAUGAUAUUGAUGAUUUUAAAAAACGAUUAUUGAAUGCUACUUCAAAGAACGAACAACUUGCUAUUGAUUUACAUAUUGUUGAGAAUGAUAAAGUGUUACUUACAAAGGAGGUAGACGAAUUAAAGAAUGCGUUAGCGGAAAGGUCUUCUUCAAAUAAAGAGUUAGAAUCUUUAAAAGCUGUUUUAGACCAUAAGUUAAAAGACGUUGAAAACAAAUUAGAUGCCAUGAUAAAACAUAAACAAGAUCUAGAGAAUGAAAACUUCGAGCUAUUGGAAAAAGUGAAACUAUUGGAGUCAGAAAAGAAAAAUCAGGAGGAUUUUGAGAACACGCUUAAACAAAAUAGUCAACUAUCGCUUGAUAUUGAGGACCUGCACAAAAAAAACUCAAAUCUUUUACAACACUUGAAUGAACUACGUAAUGAAAUUACACUUCUAGGACAGGAAAAAGAUGAUCUAAUCAAUGAGAAUAACUCACUUAAACAAAAUCAAGUUAUUGAAACUAGUAAUCUUUCAGAGCUGAAGAAAAUAACAAAUGCACUGCAGAGUAAAACUGAUGAAUUUAACAGAUUAAGUAAUGAGUACUUAGCGCUCAAGAAAGAAAAUAGCAAUAUCCUUGAAAAUAAGGCGCACGUUGAAACAGAGUUGGCUAAAGCUGAUGUUAAAAUUCUACACAUGCAAGAAGAAUUUGAAAAAUUAAUAUCUGACUUAAACGUAAAAGAUUCUAUUAUUGAUUCAUUAAAUAUAAGUUUGAAUCAGAAUCAAGUCACGCUGUCUACCCUCAGUCAAAAUGUUGCCGAUUUUGACGGUAAUAUAUCGAUUAAAAAUGCAGAAAUUGAUCGACUACAGAAAUCUUUGCAGAACGUUACAGACAACCUAAAUAAAACAAUUGAGAACUCAAACCAUAGCCACGAAGAGCUUAAAAAAUUACAUUCUGAAAAAGAAGACAUAAAUAAACAAAUAUACACUUUAAAUGAUGAAAUCAUGGCCAAAAAUUCGGACAUAACGAAAUUAACUAGCCGUCUUGAAGAACUUGAUAAAGUGAACACACAGAACAAAUUUAAUUUAGAUAAUAAAGAUAAAGAAAUCAAAGAGCUGCGGCAAUCGAUUGUUGAAUUAACUGAUAAAAUCAAUUUAGAUACAACGACCGUUCAUAAUGAUGUAUAUGCAAAAUUGCUUGAAGAUAAAGUAAGUACUGAGAACAAAUGUGCUGAACUGAACAGCAUCUUAACGACAAAAGAAAAUGAAUUAUCAGAAUUAAAUCAGAAGCUUAUUUCAUUAGAAAAUACGUGUGCGGAAUAUAAACUAAAUAUCGAUAAAGAAACAGCUGAAAAAGCAGAGUUAAUAAGUCUUGUAAACCUUAAACAUAAUGAAAGUCUUCAAUAUCAUGCAGAAAUACAGCGUUUAAACCACGUUAUUUUAGAACAAAAUACUGAAUUCAAAAGAAUAUUUGAAGAAAAAGAUGCAUUAAUUAAAAAUCAAACCGAGAGUUGUCAUAACUGUGAGAAAUUACUAGGCACAAUUAAAGAGAGAGACGAAGCCAUAGUAUCGUUGAACCAGUCAUUAAUCGAUUACGAAAGAUUGAAGGCAGAAUUAACAACUGCUACAGAAACGAUGCGUACUUUAACUCAGAAUUGCGAAGAUUUGGACAAAAGCUUAACUAUUCAGUUGGAGACCGUAAGGAAAUUGACAGCAGAAAAUACACAGUUGUCAGAAAAAGAGCAAAACUCGACGCGGGAGUUGGAGCGCUUACGUCAUCACCUGAUGGAGACAGAGGAGAGUUACACACAGGAGCUGAUGAUAUCGGAGCAGAAGCUAACGGAGUGUCAGACGAGAUUACACCAAGUUGAAGAUCGGGCGAAGCAGACAAGCACGGUAUAUACUAGCAAUAGCAUUCGAGCUAAUCAAGAAGUCGAGACCCUUAGGAAUCAAAUCAAACUAUUAGAAAAGCAACGAGAGGAUGUUCAGUCCAGGUUAAGUGAUGCCGAUGACGUGAGAAGUCGGAGUGAAGCGGCACUUACGAACCUUCAAGUGGUCUUAGAACAAUUUCAAUUAGACAAAGAACGAGACAUACACGCUGAGACCGAGCGAAUAAGAAAUAAAAUGGAUGAUAUUAGAAGAGAAAAUCAGGGUUUACAAGAUGAAAUUGGUCGGCUCAAAGCUAAAUUGGAAGAAUCCAUCGCUGGGCUACAGGCGGCAGCUAGGCUUGGAGAUCAGGUGGAAACUAAGACAGCUCAAAUUAAUGAUUUGAAAGAACAAGUACGUACAUUACAAACGACUAUAACGGCGGCAGAGGAGCGAUACUAUAACGCAAUAUCGAACCAGCAGGACAAGGUCGACAAAAACCUUGUGAAGAACCUGGUCAUUAAUUAUGUGCUUACCGCGGGGCAAAAUAAUUUAAACAGGACACAAACAUUACGCAUCCUAUCAACAGUUCUAGACUUUAACAAACAGGAAUGCGAGAGGCUAGGCCUGGUCAAAUCCAGUACAGCACCAGAUAGUCUAGCUGCUGAGUUUGUAAAGUUCUUGCAAAACGAGUCAAAGCCCCGGCCGCCUUUACCGGAUAUUAUGAGCAUGCAGGCUCGAAGCACUACACCGAGUACGUCGAGGAAAAGCUCGACUAUUGGUCCACACCCAGUCUUCGAUCUCGGACACAGGCGAAAUCCAUCAACAGGCUCCAACAACCUCCUAUUCCAGAAUUUAGAUUCUGCGGAAACAUCCUCGCAGAAAUCUGCCGAAUCUGAAUCCAGGGUUAUACAACUAACAACGUUGGAUACAGGAAUAAACCAAACCAGAAAUAAUGAGGGAGCCAUUCUGAAACAUGUUUUGAAGGAUAUAUAAUGGAAAUGAGAAAGUUUGGCAAUAGUCGUCCUUAUUUCAAUAUGGGUGGUUUUGGACAAGAAAAAUAAGGGUAAAAAACAGAGUUUCCAUGUUCACUUGCCAUCAGAACUAAAGUAAUUUUCAAAGUCGAGACUUACCUACUAUGACUAUGUGAAACUCCAUACGGGAGCAAUACUGAGGGGUAGGUUACGACUUUGUUUUUUACAGUUGUCCGAGACUGUUAUUUGUUAUAUAAUAAACCUAGCAUUUUACCACACGAAUAACAGUACUGUAGAAAUGUUAAUUCGCUUCAAAAGUUGCACCGAAGUUUCUCGAAGAUCUAUAACACUUCUGUAUAGUCGGUAAUGUCAUAGUUUAAGAAUACAUGAAACGCUUAUAACUUCGUAAUAUAUAUGAACUUUUUUGGCUGUAACCUGCCCUAUGAUUUCUCAUACAAAUAUUUUACGUAGAUUGAUGUUUGACAUUCAACGCCUUAUCAAAGUCGUUGUGGAGAUCCUUCAAACUCGAGGAUAAAAAUUGACAUUUAACCAAAAACAGACUAGACACUACAUUCAAAUAUGGAACGCGUAGUAACCGCCGUAUAUUUGCAAAUACACUAUUCUGUCAUAAAACCGAAUAUAAUCUGUGUCACUCAAAUUGGUUUAGAAUUACGUUUUUAUGGUAUUGUUAUUCCUUUUUUACGAUUAUAAGAAGAAGUAUGUGAUAACUACGUAUUUCAAAAUGGCGUAAAAGUUCUAAAUACCUUAUCUUUUUUAAAAAUUGCGCCAAGCUUCAUUUCCUUGGACUUAAACGUAAUUUUUAAACAGUCAUAAAGCUUGGAGAUCUCUUUAAAUUAUCUCAUAUUUUUUACGCCAUUUUGUUUUAUAUUAGCAAUAAAUGCGUUCUAUAUUAUUAGAUUGCUAUUCCUUUCAUAGUUUGGAAUAGUUUUGUGUAUUCAAUCAAAAUAUAUUAUGGUAAUGAAUCAUGUAUAUAAUGUCUUAGUAUCUAUUGUUAUUAUCAGAUUAUUAUUUCUAAUUUCUCUUUCUUUGUCACCGACGAUUCGUCUAUAUUAUUUUUAACUACUUGUAAAUUCUAAAGCUUUGCCUUAACAACUUUCGUGAAAAGUACCUUGUAUAUAAUAUUUAUGAGUUGUGCCUUAUAUGUAAAUAGAUAUACAAUUAGCAGAAUUGAAAUAAUUCCGAAGUAUUAUUUUUUUAUUUUAAAAAAUUUAAAUUUAAUUUUCGGCAUUCCCAACAAUUUUUAUUAUUGUAUCUUUUGUUGAAUGAUUCUAUUAUAAUUUAAAGGCAUAAUUUAAUUUGUGAAAUAAUUCUUUUGUUGGUAAUUUUACUGGAUUUUUUGCCAUGCU